AUGGAUGCCACGAUAGGAGAUGAGAAGCCUCUGCGGUCCGCCAGCGGUGGCGCAUCCCAGGCUUCCGUGCCGGCGGUGCAGCAGCACGCGGCGCCAUUGCCUGCUGCUGGCGUCGCCGUAGAGGCCAUGGAGGGCGGCAGCGAGGAUGACGAGCAGGUGGAGAGGUUCUACGCGCUGGUCGCCAACAUCCGGGCCCUGAGGGGAUUGUACGGCGCCGGCGCCGGCGUUGGCGUUGACGGCGCUCGCGCGGACUGCGGCAGGAGCGGACCAGCGGGCCGGGGGAGGAAGCGGGCGCGGGAGGCGGAGCCGCCGUGGAGGCCGGCGUUCAGGAUGGAGGACUUCGAGGAGGCCACGGUCAACGUGCGGUGCGUCAUGAAGAUGGAUACCAGUGACGGCGCGAGGCGGCCGGCGGGCAGGGAAGGAGACACCGUUGCCGACGACAACGUGGAGGGCGAUGCCGCGGAAGCGCGCGGAAGGUCGGGUCGGCGCGUCGCAGCGCGCGGAAGGUCGGGUAUUGACCGACUAGGAAGUUGA